AUGGUCGCCGCCGCUGCUGCGCUGGUCGCCUCCAGCGCAGCGUCUGGCUCCCCGGCAGUUCCCUCCGCCAAGGACGACUCGCAAGCCCAAGCAUUGCAUAGAGAGCGCGACAGGAAACGUCGUCAGCUUCGCGCAGUCAACGUAGGCGUGUGGUCGGCUGGUCCAGCUCCGCCUUCCCAGUCGCUCGACUCGAACCUCAAGAAGAACACCGCCUACAUCAAGCGAGCAAAGCAGAGCAUCGGUCACGAUGCGCGCGACCAGCUCCUCAAAGAUCUGCCCCAGCUCAAUCUUGAAAAGUACCUUCAGGAGCUCAUCCAGGCUGUAUCCGAAGGGCUUGGUCGCUGUGUCACUGCCAAGGACUGCCUAGCGGCUACCGAGAUCAUCUCGGCCUUUCACGCACGCUUUGGCUCAACCACAUUCAGCGAGCCCCUCACCACCUCGCUCGAGCACGCCCUAGCUCCUCCUUCCAAGACCCUCUAUCAGAGCGCUACCACAGAGCAGAAGGAGAGAGACGAGGCAGCUCGAGUCGCGCGUCAGAAGCCCUUGCUCCGCGUCACAGCAGAGCUUGCCCUCGUAGACGUCGUCGGUCACACUCGCGACGCACCCACCGGAUGCGACUGGCUGUUCAACGUCAUCAAGGCCCUCUUGGCAACCGACAAGGACCAUGCAAACGUUCCUUUGCUCAUUUCCGUCCUCAAAGGCUUGGGCCAGACCCUGCUGUCCCCAGCAGCGUCCCUUACCAGAGAUGACGAGUCACUCCUCGCAGACAAGGCCAGUGGCGCACUCACCAUUGGCGAUGCAGUAAACGCGCCAGAUUUCGCUGCGCUCGAUCCUGCAUCUGCACCUCUUGUGUCGUCGGAGAUGCAGGCAAAGUUCCGCAAACUAUUCGAGACCUACUUCCAGACACUCGCUCGACGCGUCGUCAAGGAGCAUCAGAGGCUCCAGGACCAGGAUCGCAAGAAUCACGAAGCCUACAUCCGCUCCGGCGAAAUCUUUGAAGACCGCCAGCAGAACUACGAGCGCAUGACCAAGAGCUUCGAGCGCGUCCGCGACUGGGCGCGAAUCCUCUCCGAUCUCCUUGGCGUCGACAUGCCCGACCUUGAAUCCUCCGCUUCCGCCACCACCGCCGUCGGCUUGGGCGUCAAUCUCGAUUCCAAGUCCGCCUUUGAACGCGCAGACGAAGAGUUCGCCCCAGAUCAGAGCCCCUGGGAAGAUCAGGACUCGCAAAAGUUCUACGAGGAUCUUCUCGAUCUAGGCGACAUCAUCCCACCCUCCAUUUUGGCGCAGACGACCGGCAUCCAUGCCGCCUCAUCCGCCAACGCUGACAAACAAGAUGCAGCUGAGGACGGCGCCAAUCGUACGGAAGAAGACAAAACUUCGACAGCGGCCAGCACGCCCCAGCUCGACGCCGACGCGGGCGACGAGGCCAUGAACGCCGGCCCAGCUGCACAGCUCGCAACGCUCAUGGCCAAGCUGCCCGACAUGACAAAUCGCAGCAUGAUCGACAGUGCUGCCGUCGACUUUGCCUUCAUCGCCACAAAGCCAGCACGCAGAAAGCUCGUCAAGCACCUCGCAUCGCUGCCCCGCAACCGCAUCGAUCUCGCUCCCUACUAUGCUCGACUCGCCGCGACACUGUCUCGCUACAUGCCCGACAUUGGCGCCGGCCUGACCGCGCUCCUCGAGGACGAGUUCCGCUACCUUCAGCGCAAGAAGAACGUCGAUCUCACCGAGACGCGCGCCAAAAACGCACGCUUCCUCUCGGAGCUCACCAAGUUCAAAGUGACACCCACGCACGCCAUCCUCCACUGCUUCAAGACGUGCCUCGAGGACUUUUCCGGUCCCAACGUCGAGGUGGUCGCAUCGCUGCUCGAAGGCUGCGGUCGCUACCUCUUGCGCACCGAGGACACCUCGGUCAAGAUGCGCAGCAUGCUCGAGAUGCUCCGACGCAAACGCGCGGCCGCCAAUCUCGACUCACGCCAGCUUCUGCUUCUCAACAAUGCCUACUACCAAUGCAACCCGCCGAAGCGCAAAGCCAUCGAGCAGAAAGUACGCUCACCAUUGGAGCUCUACAUUCGCCAUCUCAUCUACCACCUGCUCGCCAAGAAGACCGUCGACACGGUGGUGCUGCAGCUGCGCAAGCUCGCCUGGGACGAUGCCAGCGUGUAUGGCUGGCUCAAGGAUGCCUUCACACGCGCCUGGCGUAUCCGCUAUUCCAACAUUCACCUGCUCGCCAUCCUCGUUUACGAUCUGGACCGCUUCCAUCCGUCGUUUGCCGUGGAUGUGAUCGACCAGGUGCUCGAAAACAUCCGCAUCGGCAUGGAGGAAAAUAUCUUCAAGCACAACCAGCGCCGCGUCGCCACCGCGUGCUACCUCGGCGAGCUGUACAACUACCGUCUCGUCAACAGCGGCAUCGUGUUCGAGCAGCUCUGGUCGAUGGUCACAUUCGGUCAUCCCAAGGGAAGGCCCUGGCCUGGUCAAGUGGCACCCCUCGAUGCACCGGACGACUACUUUCGCAUCCGCUUGAUCUGCACGCUGCUCGACACGUGCGGCGUGUGCUUCGACCGCGGCUCACUGCGCAAGAAGCUCGAUGACUUUUUGGUGUUCCUCAACUUCUACGUCUUGUGCAAGCAGCAGCCUCUGCCCAUGGAUGUGGACUUUACGCUCACCGAGACGCUCGAGGCGCUGCGACCGGAGCUCAAGUUCAGGAAGACGUUCGGCGAGGCCGCAGCGGCGUUGGAAGAGAUGAUGGCAGCCAACAGACAGCUAGCGCCGCAGGCAGAAGCCGAUGCGGAGGAGGAGAGCGACGGAAACAGCUCCGACGCGCGCAGGCAUGGCAGCCGAGCAGACGCACAUGAGGCCAGUGCCCCGCAAGGCUCGGGGAAGCGCAGGAGGAACAAGGCUCGCAACCAGGCGGCGUCCGACGCGUCCGACAGCGAAGACUCGAGCGACUCUUCCUCAUCGUCGUCGUCCGAGUCCGACUCGUCCGAAUCGGCUUCUUCUUCCUCGUCGGGUGAUUCGGACGCCUCGGACAGCGACGGGUCGGAAUCCGGCUCUUCGGACGCCGACGAUUCAGACGACGAAGAGGCAGCAGCAGAGCGUCAUCUGCUGAACGAAGAGCUUGCGGCGCGCAGGGAAGCGGACGACGAGUUCGACCGCGAGCUCGCGAGAAUGAUGGUCGAGUCCAGCGGCCCCGGCACGGCGACGGCGCAAUCAUCAGCCGGCGCUUCGACCUCGCAACGGCCGCAUCAAUUCUUCUCUCGUGCCGCGCUUCCUUCCGGUGGCGCCAGCUACGGCCCUGCGCAUUCGCACGCGCACGCACACGCAUCCGGGUCGAGCCUGUCCGAGAUCGGGCUGCCCAUCAAGAAGAAAGCAGCCGAACAGGCGAACGGCGGUGUCGAGGCCGAGGCAGGCUCGCACAUGAAGUUCUCGCUGCUCUCCAAGAAGGGCUCCAAGCAGGUCACCCACGAGGUGCACGUGCCCGCGACCGCUUCGAUCGCCAUCAACACACGCACCAAGCAGCUCAAGGAAGAGGCGGAGCGCAGGCAGCUCAAGCAGCAAAUCCUGGCCUACGAACGGUCGUCCGAGUCGCAGCAGCAUUCGGGGCUUCAGCCUCACGGUGUCGUGCGCCGCCAGCAGCCGCAGCAACACCAGCACCACCACAGAGAAGACCCGGCAAACAAGGCCGCCAGCAAGGGCGACGAUUUCAAGAUAUGGACCAGCCAUGGCUUUUAG